AUGGAGGAGCUUGAAGCCACUCAAAAGUAUUUGGCUUCCACAAGCAGCCAUGCAGACUGCACUCAACAACAGUGCACGCUCUGGAUCAGGCGCCUGUCCCAAAUGAGCCUGGAACCAGGCCUAGCAAUAUCGUGGAUUGCGACCAUUAAGAGGGGUCCGUGGACACCAGAGCAACUAGAGUUGCUCAUACAAGGAGUAAACAGUGCGGUUCUCCGACAUGGAUCAGGAUCCCGUGGCCGGCGAUCCAGCCAGACUGUGGAUGACUUUUCGGCCUACCUCACAAAGGCCGACCAUGCCAUCCUCCAAGGUGAUGGCAACCUCACGGUGAAGCUGAAUGCACUGGUGACCCGGAUGGUGCUGGUUGGCAUCCAUUUGCCAUCAGAGCGCACCAUCGGUGUCAUCCUGAGUCAAGCCAGUGCAAUGGGGCUUGAGAUGGGCGACGGCUCCGCGAAGGACCGGUUGGCAGUGGUCCAUGAGUUGAAGCGGUUGCUGCGGGCCACCCUCAAGAACACACCGAGAAAGCGAGAACACCUCGCGACGUUCCCGCCGACGCCGGCAGGGCUGCCUGAAUGGCUUCAGAAGGAGGCCUACGACGAGGCUGACCCGCCUGUGGCCUUCGCUCUGCCCAUCAUCCGCGAGCAGGUCCCAAUGAGGAGGACCAACAAAGCGGUUGUAAAAGAGACGCAGGUGUCACCGUCCGCUUCCUCAGGACUGCAGGGUCCUCAACACCAGUUGAUGAUGUGGAUGCAGGAGCUGCUCAAUGCCCAGCAGCAGCAAAGGCAACCAUCGGUGCAGCUCUUGAAGCCUGCUGGCCGGAAGCGCCCUCUGGCAUUGCCAGCGCCAGGCCAUGAGGCAUGUCAGAAAGCGAAGACUGAUGAGAACGGUGAGAGUCAGGAUACUCCAGAGCAGCCUGAAAGGGCGGAUGUGUCACGCCAGGCUUCACCUCAGAACGCUGUUCCUCAGCCUGCACCUGCUGCUCUUCCCAACACAGUGCCUGCCAUUGAGAAUGGCCAACCGCAUGAGACUGCCCCAAAGCCAAUUGCUGCUUUGAACAUGCCCGACAUUGCAGCCAUCCGCAUCAAGGGCGGAAAACAGUUGUGCCAGUUCGGCUGUCACGGACAGUCCAAAGAAGCCCUGUACCGCAUUGCCAACGAGGCAAUCGACUCCAUGACACAGGGCACACUGCAGCUUGCCGACUGCAAGGGGUUUUGCGAGGAGAAAGCUGCCCAUUUGGGCAGGGCUGCAGGCUCGCCUUUUGAAAAUGCCAACCAGGUGCUGACAGCGCCCAACACCACGAGCUAUGUGUCCCAAAGCGGCCUAAGCGCCGUCCUCAAGAGCGUCAGAGACAACGGACUUCCCGACGCACUUAGCAGAACCGCGGUGAAGAGAGCCCGUGAGAGAGCACUACCGGAAUCACUCUGGACGAACAUAGAGCUGGAACUCGAUGAUGGGACUUUGAAGUGCUUCCCAGUCAUAGACCCCGUGCAGUUGCUCAAAUUCAUGUUGGAGGAAAUUCCUUCUUUUGCUGACUAUUUCGAGGGACAGUUGUCUAAACACCCCUGCAGCGACGCGGCCCCAUGGACUGAAGUCCUUCCAGGCAACGCGUUGAAACCCCGGAACGAUCGCAAAUUCAUUGCGUUUUAUUGGAGCCUGGUGCAAUUCGAUGCGGGGUGUGCCCAAGAGGCGCUGUGGUUCCAUGUCGGCUGCCUGCGCAGCAACCGCAUGGCAAGCGUGAAGUUUGGCUGGGCCCAAUACUUCAAAAAGGCCACUGCACUUUUUUUCACCUCUCCGUUCAACUUGGCGCUAGGCCUGUCGGUCUAUCCUCUCAUCCGGUGCAUGUUGGUACAUGAAGUUCCUGAUGGACUCUCUCCGGAAAUCGACAUCGCCAAGAAUUCUUUUUUUGCAUUGGCACAAGUGCUCGACCAUUUGAAGCGCUUGAUCACAGGCACUGUCACCCCAAGUGACCUGAGACAGUCCAUACAUACCCACAUGGCAUUGCGCCUGAAGGCGUAUGGUGAGGCAGGAUUCCAACCAAAGUGCCACUACUGUGCACAUUUGCCCGACUUCAUGGAGAGGCAACCCCUCAUGAAUUGCUUCGUUCAUGAACGAAAGCACAAAGAACUCAAACGCUUUGGUAAUGACUUCGCUAAUGCAAACAGAAGUGAUUCCUGCGAGAAACACCUCUUGCAGGUUUGCCUGCGACAAGUCAAUUCCUUGAAGGAUUUGAAGCAGUUUCAUGGCGUCCACAUGGACAAUCCCUCUGUUGCGACCAAAGAGACCGCGCAAUACGUAAAGACUGCUUUCAACCUCAACCCCAUGUUACCUCUGGCAGUGGAGAUGUCGAACCAAGUCUUUGUAAGACCCGGUCUUUCUUGCUCGGCAAAAGACGUCGUGCUUGUUCAGACUGAGUCUGGGCAGUACCCAGUCCCAGUUCUUCGCCCUUUGGUCCCCCUGGAGCGCUCUGGGGAACAAUCGGUUCCAGGUGUGUGA